CUUUAUUGAAUAAUAUCGGCGGCUGGUUCGGAUUUUGUGUUCCCAAAUGGUUAGGGGAUUGCCUGCAAAGGUCGUUGUGAGAGGCCUGCCUCCUAAAUUAAGGUCCGAUGAUUUCAUCAGAAUUGUCGACCCGCUACCCUCCCACACCUACUUCAGGUUUUGCAGUGCAGACGACUCAUUGGGUGGUCUAGGGCUGACGCGGGUUUACAUUACAUUCAACGACAUAGAUUCUCUAUUUGAUUUCAAAGAAAGGUUUGAUGGCUACAUUUUUUUGGAUUGCGAGGUAGUCCCAGUUUUUAAGUUACUCGUUCAGGGAAAUGAGUCCCCCGCUCUUGUAGAGUUUGCUGUUUGCCAGGCAUUGGCGAGUGCUAAAGGGUCUUCAGACGAUAAUAAGGGAGGAAAAGUGGAUAAAAAACAGGGUUCCUUGUUGAAAGACCCAGCGUAUGUAAAGUUUAUAGACUCGCAAUCUGCUGAAGUUUGUACCGAAAUGUCGGAAUCAGAGUCUAAAAAAACUCCCUGGGAAUCCAUUUUAGAUGAUCUCCAAAACAAGGAAGCGAAUGCUCUCCAGACACAAACUGUCACACCACUUCUAACCUACCUAAAUAACCGCGGUGGAGAUAUUAGACGUAAAGAUGAAGAAUCAUCACGUCACAGGCAGUUUAGACAAGCUAAUGCAUCUGUCAUCAAGAAAACGCCGAAAGUGGACAAAUCUGUACGAAGUCAUCCACCAGUUAGGCGACUUCAUGACUUAAAGCGUAUUUGUUCUGAUCGCAUUUGCGAGGUUUCAAACAAAGAAAACCCUCACCAUAAUAGCACGGAAGAUUUGACGAGAGUUGAUCUAAAAAUGCAAAAGAAUUCAGAAAAGUUGAUCACACUGGAUGCAAACGAAUUUCCUGCUAUGCAAAGUUCAUGUCAGCGUCCAAACAGGUCUACAAAUCAGUGUUCGAGUUGGCCAUCAUUUCGGGCAUCAAACAUUUCAGACGCAACAUCAGAAAAACCUGGUGCGUCAUCGUCCAGAAAUUCAGCCAUUGUAGCGGACUCAAAAACAUUUUCGAGGAUUUCGGAUUCUAGUUCAGAAAAUAUGGUUAGAAUAAACCUUUCAGAAUUAGAAGGACACAAAUCAUCAGAAUGUGCGAUAAAACCAGCAUCAAAAGAAUCACUCGCAAAAUGUCAAAACGAACAAACUUUGAGCAGCCAAACUGAGCCAACACAUAGCGACCAGAGUUCAACUCAAGGCAUCGCUUUUCGAACUAAAAAGGGAAAUUAUUUUUCUGCUCGUCCAUCUGCUUCUAUCAAUCAAACGCGAAAACAUCCAAUAGUACCAGCUGGAGGAAGACGGGAUUCAGAUGCAAAUAUGCAGAAUUAUACUUCAGUCAGUCAAGUUGAUGAUCAAGAAAAUGAAUUCAGUCAUGAACGAUACAACAACUUUUCGAAGUCUGGAAUUCGUGGUCGCGAUAACCGACGUGGUACCGUCUCUAGUCAUGAGGUAUUUCAUAAUUCGUCUCGCGAUUCCUAUAAGGGAUCUCAACAGAGCUCCAGAGACACUGUUAACCGUGGUUAUGACUAUCGAGGAGAAGGAGACUCCGUCAGAAGUGACUAUUAUUCUGACCAACAAAAUUCAAAUGCUCGGUUUUCUGGUGCUUCUCGAAACUCGUGUUUGUCAAGCAAAGGUCGAGUAAAUUCAGUGAGCACUACCAGUUAUCGCCGUCCUGGUAAUUACGCUUCUCGUGGUCGUGGUUCUGGUUACUAAGUGGAUAGGGGAAAGUACUGAGGGCGUGAAGCAAAUAGAAUAAAUGUUACACCAUUGAGAUCUCGUUUCCGUUGGGUGCGUGACACAUUUGGAUUAUUUUAUUAGCUGACUAGACAUCUUUUUGGGUGCAUUUUUAAUUAUUUUGGAAAGCUCAGCGUUGUCGGACCUCCUUUUGAUGUUGGUUGUUCAAGUAGAUAAUCGAAAAAUUCGUGAUAAUUCAACUUCCCAUCUCCAUCUUGGUCGUAUUUACGUAUAAACGCUUGUAAAUCCUUUGGACUAAAAUAAUAUUUGUUGCCACUUUCAUAAAGCACAUCAUAUAUUUCAUGUGUAGUUAUGUAACCAUUUUUAUCUUUGUCUAAUUUCUUCAAAAUAUGAUAACAAUUAAAAUACCUGAAAUUUAAUAAACAGAACUUUGUGUAAUAUACAUGUUAAUAAAACUUACGUCAGAUAUUGAUUACAAGAAAAACGGAUGUUCACUAAGAUUAAAAGCUUCACACAGUAAAGAUGUUUACUAAGACCUGAUGAAUUAAACUAUUUUCACAUCGAGCAUAUAUUUUUAUAAUUUAUAAUGUGCUACAUACGUUUGAUAAAAUAAUUACUUUAAAUGUAUCAUGAUCUCUCUCAUGCCUAUUUCAGAC